GGUCGAGUCCGUUUGUGCGUGUGUGUGUAAAAGAGUAUCGAAGCACGACCGAACAUUCCUCACAACGUAAAAUGGCAUGGUCAUAGCAGUGAAAAUGCACUGGCAAAUGCUUUCACUUCUUCUACAAUUACUCUUUACAUGGAACAUCUCAGCUUCGCCUCUAACCGGCUGCGAGAAGAACAGCACAAGAUGCUUUCAAGUGUUCAAAGUGUCCUUAUCAACACUACAAGAAGAGGACCUGAGUAAGAACUUGAAGCCGGUGAAAAAGUACGGCAAUAAUGUGUUUGCACCUCGAGGAAACUCACCCAGAUUGACUGAGAAAGUCAUCGAGAGCAUGCCUGCUAACGCGGACCCUCGAGUAAAGGAGAACAUCCUCAACAACAAUUACUUCCUCAAAAGAGUAGAUGCUGAUGACGGAUCAAUUUUCUCAGAAGACCUUACUGACCUCUUACCUCAGAAUCUGCAGCAGCUGAAUAGCGCCACAUCGGUCUCUUUGGAAGAACCGCUUCCCGUCUAUUUGAUUAUUCUUUUGAUCGUUGUAGGAAUUCUGGUAGGCAUUCUUGGCACCUGCUCUGUUCUAGUGUUUAUCGAUUACAAAAACAACCCAAAAUUUGACACGUCUGGGGUUGUGACGUACAAGCGCAGGCGCAAUUUUGAAAAGAUGUACGUAGAUCCGAAACAAAGGGAAAGAUUGGAAAGACAGCGUCGGCAAAUGACCACUUCUUCAAGAACACCAUUGCCGACACCAGGCCGCAGCUCGCGAAUAAGCCGCGAAAGCGAAUUGCUGCGCUCUUCACGCGAAGCCACCGAAAGUUUUCGAAUGGAGCGCAAAAACUCGUACUAAUCCAAAUGUUCACUACGUGUACUGCAUUCGUUUGCCAUAAUAUACCUCAGUCUCAAAUCAUGAAUGAUUUUCUUGUUUGUACAGUUCGCUCCGCAUAGUGACGAUCCUUCAGCUCUUGCUUAGGAAUAUUGCCAAAAACCUAACUAGUCAGUCUAAUUGUUGUAUAUAUGAGCAGUGUAUUGAAUUUUUGGAAAAUCGAGAUUUUGAUAGCCAUUUACACUGUGCCAAGAUGUGCAAGCC